AUAUGGCCCAGUGUUCUGAAUGAGACCUUUUUGUAAAGCAAUUGCCUGGUGAGCAAAAGUGCUAACAGCUUCAAUCGUACGAUUAUCUUCUCAAAGUUGCGACGAGAGUUGAAGUUAGUUGAUCGCCAGUGCUAUCUGUGGUGAUUUCCUAUCAGUAUAAUCAUGGCAGGAGCAGGACCUCCGAUGAAGCUUUUCGAUGCGUUUGCGGACGCCAAGACAGAGGGCGAAGCUGGUGCAGGCGCAUCUGGAGUCGGCGGAGUGGUGCACAUCCGUAUUCAGCAGCGUAACGGACGCAAGACUCUCACGACGGUACAAGGUCUGAGCGAUGAGUACGACAAGAAGCGCAUUGUCAGAGCGCUCAAGAAGCAAUUUGCAUGUAACGGAACCGUUGUAGACCACUCAGAGUACGGAGAGGUUAUCCAGCUGCAGGGAGACCAGAGAAACAACGUAUGCCAGUUUUUAACAACAGUCGGACUCGUCAAAGAAGAACAAUUGAAAAUCCACGGUUUCUAAAUCUACUCCAUAUUUUGUGCAUACCUUGCUCUUUUUUUUACAACCAUAAGUACCUGAUGAAAACAACAUAGUUGAAAAGUGCAGUGCUUCCUGCUGUCAUGUCGGAGCUGUGAGUGAGUGUGUGUGUGUGUGCUUGUGUGCGUGUGUGUUUGGAAGGAGUGCAUGGAUAUUGCAGCCUAUCUCUUCGCCGUUCUCAUCAUCGUCGCAGUGCUGUACAUAGCUGGCAUGGUAGCAUUAGCAGCAGGUAAAGAACCAGAGAUUGCGUUUCUGACAUUCGUGGGCUUCAUCGAAUCUCCUCUAUUUCUGUUAAUAGGCUUCUGGAUGCCUUUACUAUGCUUUGCAGGCGGGUCAUGUCUGCAGUCCAAUGCAUUGUUCAGCUGUCAGGUCAUGCUUUGUGUUGCUGUGACUACUUCAGUAGUACUUUGAAGGGUGGAAUGGGCUUUUAUAUUUCACUUCAUCCGUGCUGCCACUGCUUUAACUUUCUUCGGUACUUUUAUGGUUGUGACGCUGUUGCUUGGUUUGGUCCAUCCGCUUUGUAUUGGGUGAACAACGCACGCUGCUGUGGUGCCUGUCCUUGCUGUUCAAUACUCGACUGUUGGCAGCACGCUUUACUACCGUACUAGUUGCACUGUUUGCUGGUUGUCUUCAUGAUUGCAGCUUAGGAAUACUGCUACGACAAAGCGUGCCACGGGUAUGCACUUUA